UUCUCGAGCGACCGAGGGUUGAUAAAAGGCUGCGUACCGUGCGGGCGCGGCGCGAGUCGCAGGAGGAGUUACUCCGUUCGAGGUGUGGGCGCUCGUGCAGCAGCAGCAAUAACAGCAGACGACCUCGUCAUCGUCUUCUAUCCUCUCGUUCCCGGUUCGUUCGUUCGUUCUUUCUACGUAGCCGUCCUCAGGCUCUGUCGAUUCACCAUACGUUGCGUACACGUUGCGCGUGUGCGCGCAUAUAUUCAGUGUGAGAAUCGUAUCUUGUCUCGCGUGUGCGAUACAAGAAAGAAUAGGAUAGAUCGAGCGGCCGAGCAGGCGAGCAGGCGAGCAAGCGAGCGAGCGAGCGGCAGGCACGGAGCAGGAGAGACAAGGAUCGGCAGUGCGAAUCGAAGGAAAAAAGAGAGAGGCAGCGAGAGCAAGAGCGGAAGCGAGACAACCAGCGGAGAGACCAAGGAGGGGGCAAGAGAGAUACCGUGCGAGACUAGGACAAGCGGAGAGACAGCCAGCGAUAGAGUGAACGAGAGAGUGUGUGACGGGGAGACGAGGGGGAAAGGGGACAAGGGAGAAAAGGAGAGAGAAGGAAAGAGAUAGAGCGCCGGGUGGUUACCACACCCAACCGCGCCGGGGACCGAGUAAACGAGUGAACGAGCCGUCCGAGAGCUCUCUCGCGAGUGGUACGCGGGUACAGCGAGGGACCUAGGGACCGACGAUCGAGAUUCGACGGAGUACGCUCGGGACUCUUUAGAUCUCGAUCUAACGGACCUCGCACUCGCGAAGUUUCUCUCUGACCGAACAGACGAUCGCCGAAAUCGCGCGGCGCUAGCAAACAAGGCUGGAGGAGACGUGUGUGCGCGUGUCUCUACCGCUUUCUCGACUUGUCUCGCGAGUGUGUUUUUUCAUGUUACGUUGUAGUACGCGCGUGUGUGAAUCCCGUGGCUCGUGGAAAGGAACAAAGGAUACGGAUAGCAAGUAGAAAUUCGCCCGAAGAAUCGGCCAGAAGGGAAGAGCGUAGACGAGAAGAGAAGAGAAGAGAAGAGAAGAGCAGGAAAGAGAACAGAACAGAGCAAAACGGAACAGAACAGCACAGAAGAGACGAAACGAGACGAGAGCAGACAAGCCACCGGCCGAGGUUCGUGGUUGUGCGUACAUGUGUUGAUGUGUCGCUGGCGUCGUCGAGCCCUGCCAGGAGUGCUCCGUCGCCGCGUGUACCGACGUCGUUGAGAAUACGGGGAUCACAUCCACGUUUACGUCGCCGUCGCCGUCGUCGUCGUCGUAGCCCUAGCUAUCGUCGUCGUCGUCGUCGUCGCCGUCGUCGUCGUCGUGGACAAGUGGUUGUGAAGCGUGCUAGUGACUGUAGUGCUAGUGCAGUAAGUCGGAAAGAGUUUCGUUUGCGUUUGCGUUUGUCUUUGCCUUUGCGUUUGCGUUUGCGUUUGCCUUUGCCAGGACGAGAGGGAAGGAAGAAGAGAAACCACGAGGGCGGCGACGAGACAUCGUCGCUUGUUCGCGGUGGCAAGGUAAUACCGACACCGAGGAUACCGUGCCCAUCGAGCCCGCUGUUGUGUACGACAAACCUCGUCGCUCAGCAAUCACUCGCCACCACCGUAAAUCGCUCGUUCCCUCUCUCCCUUCCUCCCUCCCUCUCCCUUCUCCUUUUCCUCCUCCUCCUCCUCCACCUCCACCUCUUCCUCUUCCUUCUCAUUUUUCUUCUCUGUUCCUCCUCCAUCCGAGGAUCCUGCCGUCCUGAGCCAUGGCGUGCUGCCUGUCGGAAGAGGCAAAGGAGCAGAAACGUAUCAAUCAAGAGAUUGAGCGGCAACUACGAAAGGAUAAGCGCGAUGCCAGGCGGGAACUCAAGUUGCUAUUAUUGGGUACUGGUGAAUCCGGCAAAUCCACUUUUAUUAAACAGAUGAGAAUUAUCCACGGAGCUGGCUACUCGGAUGACGAUAAGAGGGGGUUCAUUAAACUCGUAUAUCAAAACAUUUUCAUGGCCAUGCAAUCCAUGAUCCGAGCGAUGGAUCUUCUUAAAAUCGAAUAUGCCGAUUCUUCGAAUAUAGAAAAAGCGGAACUCGUGCGUGUUGUGGAUUUUGAAACGGUGACAACGUUCGAAAGUCCAUAUGUAGAAGCAAUCAAGGACUUAUGGGCAGAUGCUGGCAUCGAACAGUGUUACGAUCGCAGACGAGAAUAUCAGCUCACAGACUCCGCUAAAUAUUACCUAAUGGAAAUAGAUCGAGUCGCGGCACCAAACUACCUCCCCACAGAACAGGACAUUCUUCGUGUGAGAGUGCCCACUACUGGUAUAAUUGAAUAUCCUUUUGACUUGGCAGAGAUUCGAUUUAGGAUGGUAGAUGUUGGUGGACAGAGAUCAGAAAGAAGAAAGUGGAUUCACUGUUUUGAGAAUGUAACAUCCAUUAUCUUUCUAGUAGCUCUAAGUGAAUAUGAUCAAAUUUUAUUUGAAUCGGAGAAUGAGAAUCGAAUGGAAGAGAGUAAGGCGUUAUUCAAAACAAUUAUCACAUAUCCUUGGUUUCAACACUCCUCUGUCAUCUUGUUCUUAAACAAAAAAGAUCUGCUAGAAGAAAAGAUUAUGCAUUCCCAUCUUGUUGACUACUUUCCUGAAUAUGAUGGUCCACAGAACAAUGCUAUAUCUGCUAGAGAAUUCAUUUUAGGGAUGUUUGUCGACUUGAAUCCAGACAGUGAGAAAAUCAUUUAUUCACACUUUACGUGUGCUACAGAUACAGAAAACAUCAGAUUCGUUUUUGCAGCAGUGAGAGACACCAUUCUACAAUUCAACUUAAAAGAAUACAAUCUGGUUUAGAUGACAAUAUGUGAAACUCUGAAUAGACUCAAGAAUUUUUCUUAUAUCCUGACCAAGGUAUCAGUGUGAACUCUGUUAAGCUAUAAAAAUGGAGAGGAUAAGCAGAAGGAAAAUGAAAAUAAACAAUAACUUGUGGUGCCAUCAGCAUAUUGUCGCUGUUCCAUUACAAGUGUACCAACUAUUAGUAAAAUUAAUGGGAGGUAACAGCGAUGAGCGAACAUGGACCUAAAUCAGAGCGUUAUACGUUCUUUCCUAAACCUUUUCACUAUCAAUACCAACAAAUUGAUUUAGUUUCGUACUCUAUUUGUUGAAUUUGUUACCUUUUUAUAGAUUAGUUUAGUCAAUCAUGCCUGGCUGACUACAUAAUCGUCUGAUUUUUAUAUAACAAAUACCAACACAUUAAUAAACGUAUAAGAUAUAGUGCAGCCAUGCCACACAAAGUCACUCUGUCCAAGUGUUUAUCUCAAGUCGAGAAAGAUCUCAGCGUGAAACUGAAAGAGAAAAAGGACAAAUGCUUUUUAAUCACAAUUAGUCGGUGACACAAGUGAGAGUAAUUCUAGUGCCAUUUACUAGUGUGGUGUUUUUAUUGCAGUCCUUUCUUAGAUGCAAAAAGCCAAAGCGUUUUUUUAAUCUGUGCCAGAAGCGAGUAAAGGUUUUUUCUGCAUGUGACUCAAAUUCAUAAUUCAUCGUAUAAAUAUUGUUAUAUAUAAUAUAUUAAAUGAAACAUAUUAACAAAUUAUUAGAGAACGACAUCUGUUUGAUGUGAGUUUAGGUAAUUAGGAGGCAAGAGAUUGCAGAUUAUUCUGUCAUCUCUCUUCUCCUUAGGCUGUGUACAGAAUGUGAGGGCUGCGAUCUCAUGCCAUAAAACUAUAAUCAUACAAUUCAUAAGUGACACAAAGAUUCUUAAUUAUAAUAAUGGCUUUCCUUUCAUCCAGCCCUCGCUUGUUGGCACAGCAUUGCAUUGCAAGGGACAUGGUUUAAUAACAUAUGCCCCUGGCAUGCAUUGUAUCCACAUUACAGUGUAUGUAUGUAUGACCUGCUCACUGCCUGCGCUUGCUCAUGCUGGCUAGCGCGCUGCCCACUGCUUGUAUUCUCUAAUGGAUCAACCGACUGCUGUUUUUACCACCUUUCAAAGUUCCACUGUUAGAAUACUUGUAUAAAGGUGGGAGAAACUGCUUUGCGUGUACCUAGAGAGUACAUGCAAAAUUUUUACAGUGUUGGUCAGACUGGUACAUUAGAGUACAACAUGAGACAGAUAUUGUCUAUGUCUAAUUGUCUAGCUCUGAGAUCAAUAACACUGGACGCACACUGGGCAGCAAAUGUCAUACCUACUUUGGUUGAGACACUGAGUUUAUAUGAAAGAAAAAAAAUAUAUAAAUACAUUGGAUAAAAUAUAAUAUUAAGAGAUAAUAACAAAUAAUAUUAAAUAAUAAUAUUAAUAUUGAAUAGUAAUAAUAAUAAUAAUAAUAAUAUAAUAAUACUGCUUGAUUUUCAGUGAGAGUGAGCGAUUCAAGUGAAUGAGUUGCAAGAACAUAAAGAAAACAAAUGCGUAUUCCAAGUGCAAAACGAUGCUAGUGAGAAAAUAUGGUAGCAUAAAUGGGAGUGAGAGCAAAAGAGAGAAAGGAAGAGAGAGUGAGAGUGCGAACUUGAUAUACUGUAUGAAUGUAAAAUUUUAACAGAAGAUGAAAAAACGGUUGAGACAGACUUUCUGUGGUCUGAUUUGAGAACGAACGAGUGACGUUGAAAUUUGUGGCUAUAGUUCAUUUGUAAAUCAUUUUUUGUCAAAAGUAUACAUUUUUCUGAAAGCAUAAUAUGUUGGGUAUUCUUUCUGUGUGUAUAAAAUGUAAACACCCACCAAACCUAAAAUGAAAUCAAUGUUUCUAACUUAUUUAUAAUAAAUAAUACACAUUAAUGAUAAAAAUAAACGCAGUUUGUGACAGUA